CACUGUUCAUGGCGUCAGAUUCAAACGUCUCUACUCGUCGUCAACCAACUAUGUUGACAUGACAAUUCAAGACUUCGAGAUUUGUUGUUGUAACUUGUAAGACUGAUCUAAAGUCGUAUCUUUCGCCUUCAAUUGGUCCAUUUUCCCUGCUCUGUUUGUUCUUUCUUCAUGAUUUAGUUCUGUUUUGACCUGUCCCAAUCCAUUUCUUUUCCCGAUUUACGUUACUAACUCCGCCCGAUCAAGUCUUCGUGAAGCUUUUCCCUCCAUCCUCCACACUUUCGAAUCAUCCUACGACGCUCGAGAGGCUCCACACAACUUAGAUGUAUUGGGUUCCUUUGUUGUUAACGCCUACAGAUUUUGGUUACAGAAAUGACAAGCGUAGACUGAGUAUUUGGUCGCAAUAGGUGGAGACAAUAAGCGAACGACGGCGCUGUCGUGUUGGAAUCUGCGGUUGCUCUCGCCCUCUGCUUUAGACUGCGAAAGUUUAGGUCAGAGAGAGCGAGGCUCUGGGUUGGGACUUCAGCUCGUUUUGUGGCGCGUUCUCUGGCUACCCACCUACCUACUUGUCGUCAAUCACACAACUAGUGCGAAUCAGCCCUGUUACUUUCUUCCCCUGUUAUCAUAUUGAAAGGAUGGGCAAGAAGCGAGUGAUGUUGCCGGUGGAGGAAGUUGAUUUGACGGCAAUCAAGUAUGAACACGAAGCCAUACAAGCUCCUCAUUUAACAGGGUUUGCAUUAAAGUUCUUCGUUUGGUUGCUUGAAGCUCCACUUGUAGGGUCCUUAAUCCUGUAUUUAUUGAAGAAGCAGAACAGAACGAUUGAGGAAUUGCGGAGGACUGUGAUACCAGAAAAACCGAUGUUUAAACCUGAGUUCCCACCUCAAGAAAAGGAACCUGGUGUAAUUGUCAUGCAAGAAGAUAGUAGCGCUGGUGACCGUGUUGAAGUAGCUUUGAAGUGCCUUCCUCCUUAUGAUCCUGCUCACCAAUGGUCUGGUGACUCUUUUCCAUUUUUGUACUGGAAGAUCCGUGAUUAUGCACAUGCUUAUCGAUCUCGACAUGUAACUCCAUUAAUGGUUGCAGAGAAGAUUAUCUCAGUUACAGAGGAGUUCAACAACAAGAAGCCUCCGAUGCCAUUCUUGAUCAGUUUUAAUGCUGAGGAACUGAGGACACAAGCUGCCGCUUCUACACUAAGGUUUGAGGAAGGAGAACCACUUUCUAUUUUGGAUGGCAUUUUCAUGGCAAUCAAGGAUGAUAUAGACUGUUACCCCUAUCCAACGAAGGGUGCAACAACAUGGUAUCAUGAGGUCCGUCCUGUUAAAGAAGAUGCAGUUUGUGUUUCAAAAUUGCGAAGCUGUGGUGUAAUUUUUGUAGGGAAGGCAAAUAUGCAUGAGUUGGGCUUUGGGACUACUGGAAACAAUCCAAAUUAUGGUACAGUGAGGAACCCUCAUGCACUAGAUAGAUAUACUGGUGGAUCUUCUUCUGGCUCAGCAGCACUUGUAGCUUCUGGACUAUGUUCAGCUGCACUGGGAACAGAUGCUGGAGGUUCAGUGCGAAUUCCUUCUUCUCUCUGUGGUGUUGUGGGCUUGAAAACAACAUAUGGGCGGACUGACAUGAAAGGAUCACCCUGUGACUAUGGGACUCUGGAAAUCAUUGGACCAAUUGCAUCCACAGUUGAGGAUGUCAUGCUUGUGUAUGCAGCAAUAUUGGGCUCCUCUCUUGCUGAUAGAAUCAGUUUGAAUCCAUCCCCUCCUUGUUUGCCAAAUUUGACAUCAUAUGAAAGUUCUGAUGCUUUAAGAUUUCUACGACUCGGAAAGUAUACAGAGUGGUUUAAUGAUGUCUACUCAACUGAUAUUUCUGAUAAGUGUGAGGAAGUUCUUAACCUGCUAUCACAAACUCAUGGAUGUGAAGCUAUAGAGAUUGCAAUACCGGAGCUGCAUGAGAUGCGAACUGCCCAAGUUGUUUCAUUUGGUUCUGAAUCACUAUGCACAUUAAAUCCUGAUUGUGAAGAUGGGAAAAAUGCUCGAUUGGCACUUGAUACUCGCACUAAUUUGGCACUUUUUCGGUCCUUCUCUGCAUCAGAUUAUGUCGCUUCCCAGCGUGUUAGGAGAAGGAUCAUGUACUAUCAUAUGGAGAUUUUCAAGAAGGUUGAUAUCAUAGUAACCCCAACAACAGGCAUCACAGCGCCUGUAAUACCUCCAAGUUCUCUCAACCAAGGGGAAACAAAUUUACAGGUUACAGGAUAUCUCAUGCAGUUUGUAGUAUCAGCCAAUCUUCUUGGACUCCCUGCCAUAUCUGUCCCUAUCGGUCAUGACAAACAAGGUCUUCCAAUUGGCUUGCAACUGAUAGGUCGUCCAUGGGCUGAAGCUUCAAUCUUGCGUUUGGCUUCUGCUGUGGAGGAACUCUGCACAGAUUCUAGGAAGAGGCCUUCGACCUUUUAUGACGUUCUAAAGGGGAAUUAGACUGCUGUAGAACGUUACUGGAUUUUGUCUGAAAGAAUCAUUAUAAGUUUGAAGAAUAUGCCCCCUUCUCCAUAGUGUGCAGAGGGGUACUUGUAUUUUAUAAAGUUAGUUCUUAUGAAUGCCUGGUGGACUAUUCCCUAUUGUGCUCCGAAAUAAUCUGUUUUCCAUUGAACAUUCCCGGAUAUGUCCAGUAGAAAUUCAAUGAUUCAUCCACUUUGAGUUU